GGGACUUGUAGUUCUUACGCCGCGUAACUACGUCAGCGGAAGUAAUUUGAGCAUGCGCAAGCGAGGUCACAUUGGUUCAGUUCUGUAAUGUUUUGAGAGGCACCGCCACUAUGGAAGCAACAGCGAACACAGCUGAGAUCAAACUGAGGCAUGUGGAGACAGAUGUCCUCAUCCCCAAGAUGUUGAGGGAGAAGGCCAAGGAGCUCUGUGCUGAGAAAGUUGAAGCCUUCAACCACUGCUGUAAAGACUCCGGUUUCUUCAUGGUGUUUAAGUGUCGAGAGGAGAAUUCUGCACUGAAGGAAUGUCUGACAGUGCACUACAAGGACCCUGUGUUGUUCGAAGAGUGUAAGCAGGAGUACAUCAAGGAGAAGCUGGAGUUUGAAAGGACAGGGACUCCAGCGAAGAGCAGGAAACAAAAACUCCCAGCUAGCAUGUGAUACACAAACAGCUUCCCUUCAUUCAAGGUGAAGGUGUGGCCUUAACCAACCCAGCAAGUCCCACACACGCAGCAUACAUGGUCAUCUGGUGGGGCUUACUAUUCAUGAGUGUAUUUAAUUUAAAUCUGUGGAAUUAGUGACAAAAACUCUUCUGGUGUGCAAGACUAUAUAAUUGAAAGAAUGGCAUCUUUUUGAUUUUCUGUACAUAUGCAAAAUGUCAAAUGGUCAGAAUUGUCUUCCGUGUUGUAAUCAGGAGCAUUUACUUUUUCAAUGAGUUUUAUUGACUGAUUUAUAAAAAUACAUGAAGAUCUGAUCAUGGUACAGUCACCUCCUGUUCCCAAGAUCUUCAUAGGAGUGCCGUGCUUCAGUUUUUGAGCUAUAUGGUCAUACAUUGAAAGAUGCUCUAUAUCUGCUGAUCAUUUUGUGGCGUGUCCUCUUGUAGAUGCAAUGAGAGCGCAAGUGCUCAUCUUCAUCUGCAGAAGAAAGUGUACAUUAACAUACCAAGACUUGGAAAGUAAGGCUGCUUGUGUAGUGUAUGUAAGAGACCUCUAACCAAGCAAUGAACCAUGUAAUCAUAAGAAAUGUGAUUUUGUAAAUAAAAAAUAUUCCGUUGCUCUAAA